AUGUCCUCUGGUGAAGAUAGUGGCAGUUAUGAUGAAUGGAUCCCGUCCUUCUGUUCCCGUUUUGGUCAUGACUAUUUCUGUCAAGUUCCUACAGAAUUUAUAGAGGAUGAUUUUAACAUGACCUCUUUGUCACAAGAAGUUCCACAUUAUCGUAAAGCGUUGGAUUUGAUUCUUGAUUUGGAAUCCAUGAGUGAGGAUGAGGAUGAUCUUGGACAGGAUAGAAACGGUAACAGAGAUGAUUUACAGGGUGAACUAGCGAACCGUAGUAUAAUCGAACAUGCUGCAGAACAAUUAUAUGGGUUGAUCCACGCAAGAUACAUUUUGACUAAACAAGGGUUGCAAGCAAUGGCAGAAAAAUUUGAUCAUAAAGAGUUUGGUACAUGUCCAAGAUAUUAUUGUUCUGGGAUGCAGUUGUUACCAUGCGGAUUAAGUGAUACCAUUGGGAAACAUACAGUUAGAUUGUAUUGCCCAAGUUGUCAAGAUUUGUAUCUUCCCCAGUUCUCUAGAUUUCUAUGCUUGGAAGGUGCCUAUUGGGGGACAAGUUUUCCAGGUGUGUUUUUAAAGCAUUUUAAAGAAUUAGAGGAUUAUGUGGAACGUAAAAGUAAAGAAUCUUACGAAUUGAAAGUUUUUGGGUUUAGAAUUAGUGACGAAGCUGUUUCUGGUCCACGUAUGAAAUGGUUAAGACAAUAUCCUUCUACUGAGGCUGAAUGGGAAGAAUUUAAAAAGUGUGAAUUCGAAUUACCUUCAGUAUAA